GAUAUUCCGAAAGAAGAUUAAAAAUGGAAAAACGAAAGGGGAGAAUCAAAGAAAAUAUUAAGGCACACCUUCUUGUUAUGUGAAUGCACAGAGUAUACAACUAACAUAGCAGAAUGAUAGACAUAGCUGUACUGGCCGGGGUGGCUAUUGUCAUUUCCUCUGUUGUGUUGGUGUUUGGAUGUGUUUGUCAUCUGUUUAAGAGAGGAUCAGGAUUCACAACAUUUGAAAAUGAUUUGGAGGGUGGCUUUGGAAACACAGUCUUCUCCCAAGGUGAUACCUCUGAUAUAUCACAAGUUACAUUUGAGACCAUCCCAGAUAUACUAGCCAAAACAGUCACUGCUACAGCAUUGAGGCCUAGAAUAUCAUGUACCAAUACAGAAAUACAGAAACAGAGUGCUAAACGAGUGGCUUCCUUCAAAGCUUUUCCUAGAAGUCAUCUGACCUACAUUAAAGAAAUGGGUGUUGGUUGGUUUGGUCAGGUACUUGUAAGUGAAGCGUACAACAUGGUGACCAGUAGUAGGAGUACCCGUGUUGUUGUCAAAAUGAUGAAAGAUGAUGCCAACUCAACAGAACAACAACUAUUUCUUCAGGAUCUCUCAGUCUACAGAGAGCUGGACCAUCCCAAUGUAUUGAAGUUGCUAGGACAAUGUACAGAAGCCUCUCCUUUUUUAACUAUUGUUGAGUAUGCUAGCAUGGGAGAUCUGAAGAGUUACUUGAGGAAAGAACGACAAAUUGUAAAAACAAUGAAGGAUGGUAUAGUGAGAAUGCAGUUCUUAACAGACAUGGCCUCAGGACUGCAAUGUUUACAUGUUAAUGGAUAUCUCCAUCAUGACUUUGCCUGUCGUAAUUGUAUGGUGAUGUCAAAUAUGACUGUAAAGAUUGGGGAUUAUGGUGUAGCUGAAGACCAUUUUAGGGAGGAUUAUUAUGACAAUGGCCAGGACCUUUUACCUAUCAGAUGGAUGGCUCCAGAGAGUAUAUCUUUAACUAAUUCUAUUUGGCAGGUUACAGAGUUCACUAAACAGUCUAACAUGUGGAGUUUUGGAGUAGCCAUGUUUGAAGUAACGGAGUAUGGACAACAACCAUAUAAAGAUCUAACAGAUGAAAUGGUCUUACAGAAUAUGAUUAAAGCUUAUCCUACAAGUAUAGAGUUACCCCACACAGAUGAUCCUAUUAAAUCUCAGUUGUACCAGAUGAUGCAGUUGUGUUGGCAGGAUUCAUCACAUCGUCCCCAGAUAGAGGAGAUUCAUGCUCAGCUUCAGAAGAUUCAAUCUGAGAAGGAGGCUGCAGAUGAAGCAGAAUUCGAGAGGAAAUGGGCCAAGAUGUCCACACGGGAAGCUAGAGUUGUUAAAGUAGAAGUUCAUGCUAGUGAUAUUUCGGGAUUAAAACAUAAUGUUGUCGAUGACAUUUGUGCAGCAGAUUUUAAUUCAAAUUCCUUGCCCACUCAUAUAAAUGUUGAUGAAAAGGGAGAUACCAUUUUUAAUUGUGAAAUCGUAAGUGGAAGUAUAGGACACGACAGUCCUAUUAGUACUCCUAACAGACCUACGGUCCAUCGGUCUACUAGUACACCUGUUGGGUCAAAUAAAGAUUCAAACAAAGUCAAUAAUUCACAACCUAGUACACCUGUUUCGUUAGGCAAAGAUGUAAACAAAGUCAGUAAUUCUCAACCUAAUACUCCUCAAGUGUUCGCCAAAGAUGUAAAGAAAGUCAGUAAUUUAAAUUCCCAGAUGAAUACAUCUGAAGUAUCAUCAAAUGAAUUGAACAAAGUCAGGACUUCUCAGUCCAUCACAGAUGAGGACAAGUCUACUAUUAGUGUUAAAACCCUCUCAAACAAGGACCAAACUGGUAUUAGACCACAGCAAGUUACAAGCAAGGACCAAGCUCUUUCUUCUAUUAAUGAGGACAGAGUUAAGCUUGAUAGCAGUAUACCUGACAUUUGUAUAAACGGUACAAAAAUAGAAAACAAUCCUAGUUCAGAAAGUAGCGUUUGUAAGACCCAAUUAUAUUUAACGGUAGAUAAAGAAGGUAAAGAUUCACAAAGUAUAGUUUCCGGUGGUAUGGGAAGAAAUGAAGAGAAAAUACAUAAAAACGAGAAUAGCGUUAGUUUUGUAAAUAAUAGUGUUGAUAGUAUUAUAGAUUUUGAAGAAAAAUAUGGAGAAACUCAUAAUAGUGUUCAUAAACAAAAAAUGUUAAGUGGCUUGCCAAAGAGUGACAAUGUUGAAGAUAUCCAUUCAGAAACGAAUAGUAAAACAGACAAUAUUGAUGAUUUGUCAGACGAGAAUGAAGAGGACGAGGCUGAGAAAUUAAAACUGUUGAAACUUACUCUAUCAGGUGUAUUAUUAUCAACAGACAUGAAAAGUUCAACAGAUGAAAAUAGUGGUAUAUCUAGUCCAACAUCAGACGAUAUGGAUAUUGCACGUGAAAUUUACAUGUCAAAGGGCAUGUCUGUUCCUCCGUCUAAAUAUACAUCAACUCGUAGUCUUAAUACAAUUCUGGAAGACGAACUUCUUUGUGAGAAUGAGAAUGAACCUCAGACUAUAGCCUCAUCAAACGAACUAAAGUUUGUUGAACCUUCAGAGGACUUCAAUAUUUCUGAUUCUUACAUAGACAGUUUUGAAUGGGACGAUUACAUAGGAGAUGAACUAGUGGGCCGGGUCCGAAAUAGUGACAUAUCUCCUAGAGAGUCCAUUGAUUUCCCAGACUGGACUAUGGAACAAGAUUCCUCUAGUCAAGACAGUGAAAUUCAGAAUGACUCAAAAACUGAGGCCAAUCCCAGUGGAAAAUCAGGAAAAAAAAUGAAUACAUCCAACUUGUCAGACUCUGAGGUAAAGAACAGUCCACUCGGGGCUCUGGCUUCUACAAGAAGUCCAAAGAGUCCGCUUGGAGCUGCUGCACAUUCUUAUGUAAAACAUAUCCUCUCUAAUCGUUCAUCUAACACUAAUAAGAAUGUAUCUUUCUACUCCUUCUCUCAUAAUACUGACCAGGAACAGGAGCAUGGAACCAGUACUGCUUCCCUAUAUAACCCUAUGGAUGAAUGGGAAAUAUGACAGACAAGGAUUCUGAUGAAGACACUACAUUAUUGGAUACAGACAAAACUCUGACAGAUGAUGGUGUUAACAGGGAGUAGAAAAGUCUGACGAAAUCCUGGACAGUAGUUUCAAAAUAUUGCUUUAUAUUUGCAGUGUGUUAUUUAAACGCAUGAAAAAUGUUACUGAAAAGUGCUUUAUGUCUGCAAUGUCAAAUUUUGUUGAUUUCACAAUUUCGACUUUUUUCGGCAGACGUAUGGUUUGAUAUUUUCGUGUUUAUUUUGAAAUCAAUGGGACUGGAAAUUAAUUGAAGUCCGUUGUGGGAUGAUUUGAUAACAACAAGGUUUUAAAUUGUAUUGGUUAUAUAUACCAGUACAUUAUUGCCAAAAUGAAUGUGUCUGAAUUUGUGAAUAUAUAUACACUCCUCGUUUAACGAUAUGCUCGUUUAAUGAGGAAAAGAUAUAAACAGUCUUGUAUAAUUCACAAAACUACUAAACUUUUAUGAAACAUGAUUACAGAAUUGCUUUCAAUCCUCAAAUUUUGUAUAUAAUAGAACUAUAAUGAAAUAACAGAAUUGGUUUAAUCACAUUUAUUGCCGAUUUCACAGAUUUAAGUAUCAGUACCAUCUGUGUUAUUAAUGUACAUGAAAACAUCAUUUAACAAUCGAUUUAAAUAUUUGUGUUAUGCCAUUGAUGAGGAGGAUGUGGAUGGGGGGUUUACAGAAUAAUGAGCAAAAAAAAUAAAGAAUAGAGAAAAAUGGGCAAAAAGUAUAAGGAAUAAAGAAAAAUGGCUUAAAUAAUAAAAGAAUACAGAAAUGAAGGACCCCCCUUCCAGACCCUCCUUGAUUACUCUGACUGAAGAACCUUGAUAAAUCCUGGAUAUUGAAUUCCAUAAUUCAUCAUCCAAUCCAUUUGGUUAAAUUGCUGAUGACUAUCAGGUGAUAUGUUUAAAUGAGACAAAACAUUUAAGUAGCUUCUGUACAAUGUAAACAAACUGUUCCUCCCUAUUGUUAGUUUAGACUUAAACCUGGAACCAGUUUUCGAACAGAUGACAACUUUAAUGGUACCUUCAAACAUAAGAUUAAAGUAAAUUUUGAUGUUUUAGAAGUUAUACUUUCAACAGAUAAGAAAGUUGUUUUAGAAUUACCCCUCUUGAGAAAAGAAAUUUAUUUAAUUGUUUAUGAAAUCAAUAUUUAUUUUUGAUGCAUCACGGAUAAAAAUGCAAACCGUUUUAUACUUAAAUGUUUAAUAGCACUUAGUUUCUGUAAACUGUUCAGUAAGGCCAGGAUGAAGAAAGUUUUAGUGUCUUCCCAUUCUUAGCCUCAUUGUUUUCAUGAAUAUUAAUAAAAACAGUAGAACCUUGAAAUUUGCAAUUUCUGGUUGUAAAUUCAUUCACACCAGUUAUUUUCUAAUGAAAUAUGGAAAAAAAGAAAACUAAUUUGCCACAUUUUCAGCAUGUUCAGUAUGGCUGUACAUGAAGUGAUAAAACCCAAAACAUAUUACAUAUAGUGUUACAUUAAACAACGUAAAAUUUUCUUUUUAUGAAUGGAUUUUAGCAUGUUGAAUGAAGUAAUUCUAUUCUGGAUUUUUUGGCAAAACUUUGAAAAAGUACAUGUUUAUCAGGGCUUCAAUACCAGAAAAUGAUUUGCCUACCUUGGAUACCUUAGAAGUUUUCCCAUCUUGGAUAAUUUUUUUUUAACAUAAAUGAAAUAAGUGUUUUUAUAUCAACACUUUUAUUAGGGAAGUGAUGGUAAAGCUUAUUGAAAGAGCAUCCCAACAACACCACUUAAGUAUGUAAGGUGUCUAGUUGAUCAACAUAAAGCCAUCACCAAAGGCCAAAUAUCAUUCAUAAAAUUCUAUUCCAAUGUGAAGAUCAAAAUCAUCUAAAACCUGCUCGGUUAAGACACGUUUUUUUUUAUUUUUACAACUGAUUUAUUUAUAAUGGUAGAGGUUAGGUCAGGGAACUAACAUUAAUAUUGUGCAGGGACCAUUUCUAGUUUUAUUUCAGCUUGAAUAACAUUAAUUAAAACUGUUUUUUUACCUAGUUCAUAUGAAAUGUUGGAUUGUACUUACCAUUUAUUGAAUGGCACUGCUCAUAAAGUGAAAGGAGAGGGAGUGCUCCUUUCAGAACAGUAUUUGUCUUAUAUUAUGAUGGAGGUAGUUCUGUGAUCACAAACAUGAUCUUUUUUUUUGGUAAAAUAAGAUGUAUUUUGUGCAUAUAUUUUAUAAACAGAAAAUAUAUUUCCCUAAUAACAGACAUUUUUAUAUUUCAACAAAAACUAAUACACCACAUUUGAAAAUACCUUCGAAAGUUCACAAGAUCAACAUAACCUUAUUGCACUCAUGGGCUCAUUUUCAUAGUAAGAUUAACAUAGUGUCUACAUCCACUUCAUUUGAACUUUGGUGGAUAGUUGUCUCAUUGGCAAUCGUACUUAUUUUUAUAUUAAUCGUGUUUAAUCAGUUAAAAAAGAUAGAAGACUUAGAUCUUCAUACCCACUGAACCAAUAGUACAUCCUGUAAAAAUUAAUUGUGAAAAUUUUCUAGUACAUUUUAAGGAUGUUCGCUACUCUGUUUCAAAAUAACAAGCUUUCAAAAAGACUGUUAUGAAUUGAUGGUAUAUAAAUAAAGGGACUAAAAAAGCAGAAAAAAAUGAAGGGUCCGAGUGCUCGUUUUUGAGAUAUAAGCCUUUGAAAACUUGGCAGGAAAUGAUUCUCUAGAUUUUUCAUACAUUUAACAUAGGCACCUUUUUUCUUUCAGAAACUAUGCAAAAAUAACAAGGAUUUUAUAAGAUUUUCAAAGAUGGCAUUUUAAACUAUAUGUAAUCAAAUAAUGGAAAGAAAAGUAGGGGUUAGCAGGCAAAAUUUUUAAUGGCACUACAUGGAUAAAACCAGAGGAUUCUGAAUAUCUGGCAAUAAUCAAAAACAAGAGGAGCGAACAUCCUUAAACUGUAAAUCCACAUAUUAUUAUAAGCACCUGUAAAUUACAAAACCAAAUUUCAAAGUUUUUAUUUCUAAUAGCUAUCAAUUAAUAUGCAAAUUUCUGCAAUAAAUCAUCAUUUAAUGAUUUACAGACAAUAGAAUCUUUUCAAUCUUGUUGAAAAAGUGACAUAAGUUCCACCACAUACACAUAUGUAAUUUUAUAGGGAACUUUCUAUGGCAUUUUUAAAUGCAGUGUAUAUGUUACUUAUUUAUAUUAAUCAUGUAUUACUAGUCAUAUCUAAUAUAUUAUAUUUAUUUUAACAAGAGAUUCUAAACAUGGUGCAAUUGUCAGGAAUAUUUAUUCAUUUCGUUCAUGUUCAUUCACAAAUUUUGUUUAAAUAAAAUCUUUUUUUUGUAAA